AUGGAAAGACAAAGUGUUAGAGAACACAUGAUGAACCUGUUCGACGUGCAUUUUAGACCAGCACUGCAAAGCCUGAGCCCAGACGCGUUGCGGGUUCUGAUUUUUGGGCUGGAUGCAAUUACCAAUGCAACUAACAGACAGCAGGUGCGCCAAGAAAUUGCGACUUUUCUUGAAGACAUAACAAAUUCAGGAGAAGCAGUUGGGGUCCUGAGUCAAGGAACGCAAGAAAGGACACCACGACAAAAUAUAGAGGAAUAA